AUGACCCGUCCUCAAGACCCGUCCUCAAGACCCGUCCUCAAGACCCAUCCUCAAGACCCGUCUUCAAGACCCAUCAUCAAGACCCGUCCUCAAGACCCGUCCUCAAGACCCAUCCUCAAGACCCGUCUUCAAGACCCAUCAUCAAGACUCGUCCUAAAGACCCGUCCUCAAGACGCGUCCUCAAGACCCGUCUUUAAGACUCAUCAUCAAGACCCAUCCUCAAGACCCAUCUUCAAGACCCAUCAUCAAGACCCGUCCUCAAGACCCGUCCUCAAGACCCGUCUUCAAGACCCAUCCUCAAGACCCAUCUUCAAGACCCAUCUUCAAGACCCAUCAUCAAGACCUGUCCUCAAGACCCGUCCUCAAGACCCGUCUUCAAGACCCAUCUACCCAUCUUCAAGACCCAUCAUCAAGACCCAUCUUCAAGACCCAUCCUCAAGACCCAUCCUCACUACCCAUUCUCAAGACCCAUCCUCACGACCCAUCCUCACAACCCAUCAUCAAGACCCAUCUUCAAGACCCGUCCCCAAGACCCGUGCUCAAAACCCAUCAUCAAGACCAAUCCUUAAGACCCAUCCUCAAGACCUGUCCUCAAGAACCAUCCUCAAGACCUAUCCUCAAUACCGGUCUUCAGGACCCCAUCCUCUAGACCCUUCAUCAAGACCCAUCAUCAAGACCCAUCCUCAAGGCCCAUCAUCAAGACCCAUCCUCAAGACCCAUCCUCAAGAUCCAUCCUCAAGACCCGUCCUCAAGACCCAACAUCAAGACCCAUCCUCAAGACCCGUCCUCAAGACCCAUCCUCAAGACCCAUCCUCAAUACCCAUCAUCAAGACCCAUCCUCAAGACCCAUCCUCAAGACCCAUCCUCAAGAUCCAUCCUCAAGACCCAUCCUCAAGACCCAUCCUCAAGACCCAUCCUCAAGACCCAUCCUCAAGACCCGUUCCCAAGACCCGUCUUCAAGACCCAUCAUCAAGACCCAUCAUCAAGACCCAUCCUCAAGACCCAUCAUUAAGACCCAUCCUCAAGACCCAUCCUCAAGACCCGUCUUCAAGACCCAUCAUCAAGACCCCAUCAUCAAGACCCAUCCUCACGACCCAUCCUCAAGACCCAUCCUCAAGACCCAUCAUCAAGACCCGUCCUCAAGACCCGUCCUCACGACCCAUCAUCAAGACCCGUCCUCAAGACCCGUCCUCAAGACCCAUCCUCAAGACCCAUCCUCAAGACCCAUCAUCAAGACCCAUCCUCAAGACCCGUCUUCAAGACCCAUCAUCAAGACCCAUCAUCAAGACCCAUCAUCAAGACCCAUCCUCAAGACCCAUCAUCAAGACCCAUCCUCAAGACCCGUCUUCAAGACCCAUCAUCAAGACCCAUCCUCAAGACCCGUCCUCAAGACCCAUCCUCAAGACCCAUCCUCAAGACCCAUCAUCAAGACCCAUCCUCAAGACCCGUCUUCAAGACCCAUCAUCAAGACCCAUCAUCAAGACCCAUCAUCAAGACCCAUCCUCAAGACCCAUCAUCAAGACCCAUCCUCAAGACCCGUCUUCAAGACCCAUCAUCAAGACCCAUCCUCAAGACCCGUCCUCAAGACCCGUCCUCAAGACCCAUCCUCAAGACCCGUCUUCAAGACCCAUCAUCAAGACUUAUCCACAAGACCCGUCCUCAAGACGCGUCCUCAAGACCCGUCCUCAAGACCCGUCCUCAAGACCCAUCCUUAAGACCCAUCUUCAAGACCCAUCAUCAAGACCCAUCUUCAAGACCCAUCCUCAAGACCCAUCCUCACAACCCAUUCUCAAGACCCAUCCUCACGACCCAUCCUCAAGACCAAUCCUUAAGACCCAUCCUCAAGACCUGUCCUCAAGAACCAUCCUCAAGACCUAUCCUCAAUACCGGUCUUCAGGACCCCAUCCUCUAGACCCGUCCUCAAGACCCAUCAUCAAGACCCAUCCUCAAGACCCAUCAUCAAGACCCAUCCUCAAGACCCAUCAUCAAGACCCAUCCUCAAGACCCAUCCUCAAGAUCCAUCCUCAAGACCCGUCCUCAAGACCCAUCAUCAAGACCCGUCCUCAAGACCCGUCCUCAAGACCCAUCCUCAAGACCCAUCCUCAAGACCCAUCAUCAAGACCCAUCCUCAAGACCCAUCAUCAAGACCCAUCCUCAAGAUCCAUCCUCAAGACCCAUCCUCAAGACCCAUCCUCAAGACCCAUCCUCAAGACCCAUCCUCAAGACCCGUCCUCAAGACCCAUCCUCAAGACCCGUCCUCAAGACCCGUCCUCAAGACCCAUCCUCAAGACCCGUCUUCAAGACCCAUCAUCAAGACCCGUCCUCAAGACCCGUCCUCAAGACCCAUCCUCAAGACCCAUCCUCAAGACCCAUCAUCAAGACCCGUCCUCAAGACUUAUCAUCAAGACCCAUCCUCAAGACCCAUCAUCAAGACCCAUCAUCAAGACCCAUCAUCAAGACCCAUCCUCAAGACCCAUCCUCAAGACCCAUCCUCAAGACCCAUCAUUAGGACCCAUCCUCAAGACCCAUCCUCAAGACCCAUCCUCAAGACCCAUCCUCAAGACCCAUCCUCAAGACCCAUCAUCAAGACCCAUCCUCAAGAUCCAUCCUCAAGACCCGUCCUCAAGACCCAUCAUCAAGACCCGUCCUCAAGACCCGUCUUCAAUACCCAUCAUCAAGACCCAUCAUCAAGACCCGUCCUCAAGACCCGUCUUCAAACCCAUCCUCAAGACCCGUCUUCAAGACCCAUCAUCAAGACCCAUCAUCAAGACCCAUCCUCAAGACCCAUCCUCAAGACCCAUCCUCAAGACCCAUCAUCAAGACCCAUCCUCAAGACCCAUCCUCAAGACCCAUCAUCAAGACCCGUCCUCAAGACCCGUCCUCAAGACCCAUUGUCAAGACCCAUCCUUAAGACCCAUCCUCAAGACCCAUCAUCAAGACCCAUCCUCAAGACCCAUCAUUAAGACCCAUCCUCAAGACCCAUCCUCAAGACCCAUCCUCAAGACCCAUCCUCAAGACCCAUCCUCAAGAUCCAUCCUCAAGACCCAUCCUCAAGACCCAUCAUCAAGACCCGUCCUCAAGACCCAUCAUCAAGACCCAUCCUCAAGAUCCAUCCUCAAGACCCGUCCUCAAGACCCAUCAUCAAGACCCAUCCUCAAGACCCAUCCUCAAGACCCAUCCUCAAGACCCAUCCUCAAGACCCAUCCUCAAGACCCAUCAUCAAGACCCAUACUCAAGACCCAUCCUCAAGACCCAUCCUCAAGACCCGUCCUCAAGACCCGUCCUCAAGACCCAUCCUCAAGACCCAUCCUCAAGACCCGUCCUCAAGACCCGUCCUCAAGACCCAUCCUCAAGACCCGUCCUCAAGACCCGUCCUCAAGACCCGUCCUCAAGACCCGUCCUCAAGACCCGUCCUCAAGACCCAUCCUCAAGACCCAUCCUCAAGACCCAUCCUCAAGACCCGUCCUCAAGACCCGUCCUCAAGACCCGUCCUCAAGACCCAUCCUCAAGACCCGUCCUCAAGACCCGUCCUCAAGACCCGUCCUCAAGACCCGUCCUCAAGACCCGUCCUCAAGACCCGUCCUCAAGACCCAUCCUCAAGACCCGUCCUCAAGACCCGUCCUCAAGACCCGUCCUCAAGACCCGUCCUCAAGACCCGUCCUCAAGACCCGUCCUCAAGACCCGUCCUCAAGACCCGUCCUCAAGACCCGUCCUCAAGCAAUAUUCCAAUAA